UACAUAAAUUGUGUUUAUAUACUUAAAAUUAUUGUACAUUCUUGCAAUAAAAGGUAUUCAUUGCCACGUUACAAAAGCAUACAUCGAUUAGUUCAAAUUUGAUUAGUUAUGUCAAAGCAUUACAUUCGCCGGGUUGUAGCACACGGAUACAGUUCACAACUGUCAUGCUUCGGAAAGUCAGUGAAAAGUCAUAUGGAUUAAGAUUUUAAUUUCUUUUCAGAUAUUUUCUACGCUAUGUGAGGCAAGCGCUAUAGGUGUUUGUAUCCUAUAAACCGACUUAAGAUUAAGGAAAUGAAAGGAAAACAAAGGUGACCGUCAGUGAUACAUUCAUUGCAAUGAUGUAACUGCAUUUAUAGAUAUAAACUCGUGUACACAAAGAAGACACAAACUAAUUAUUUAUGCUCUGACAUGUAUCUUUUCAUUUGAUAAAAACAAUACCGAAUAAAUUCAGCCAGAGACAAAACGACCUCGCACACAGGACGAUGGCAAACAGAUGCAGGUUAUUUUUUCCUAGAUCCACUCAGCAGGUGUCAAGAUGUCUAUACAGCAGAAGAUCAAUACCUCCCAUUAAUUAUAUUUAUUUCACAAAACCAUCUCUGCCUCCAAAUUCGUUAGCACGGGCUCAUAACUUCUCCAGAAACUGCUCUUCUUACUCGGGUCAAAGUAGUUUUUCAUUGAGAAGCCACACAUGUGGAGAAUUGUGUUCCGGUCAUAUAGAUGAAGAGGUUACUCUAUGUGGAUGGGUUCAGUAUUUGAGGCAAGAUCUUUUCGUGAUCUUAAGAGACUUCAGUGGAUUGGUGCAAAUUCUUAUCCCACAGGAUGAGUCCAAAUCUGACUUGAAGAAUGCUUUUCUUGGCCUCACUGUGGAGUCUGUCAUCACGGUUAAAGGAAGGGUCAGGCGUAGACCAGAGGGACAGGAGAAUAAGAAAAUGUCCACAGGAGAUAUUGAGGUCUGUGCUGAGAGCAUGGAAGUGUUCAGUGCCUGCCGAAAGCUGCCGUUUGAAAUGAAAGAAUUUGUCAAAAAAUCCGAAGCCCUCCGGAUGCAGUAUCGGUAUCUUGAUCUUCGGUCGCCCACCAUGCAGUACAAUUUAAGACUGAGGUCACAAAUGGUGAUGAAAAUGAGGGAGUACCUUUGCAGUUUGCAUGGAUUUGUGGAUGUGGAAACACCAACACUGUUUAAAAGAACACCAGGGGGUGCCAAAGAGUUUGUGGUGCCAUCUGGAGACCCUGGGAAGUUCUACUCUCUUCCACAGAGCCCACAGCAGUUCAAACAGCUUCUCAUGGUGGCUGGCAUAGACCGGUAUUUUCAGCUCGCUCGCUGCUACAGGGAUGAGGGCUCCAAGCCUGACAGACAGCCUGAAUUCACACAGGUGGAUAUUGAAAUAUCUUUUGUAGACCAGGCGGGAGUCAUGAGUUUGAUUGAAGGCUUGGUCCAUUACUCCUGGCCAGAGGACAAAGGACAGAUUAAUGUUCCUUUUCCCUCCAUGACUUAUGAGGAAGCCAUGAGAGACUACGGAGUUGACAAACCAGACACUAGAUUUGGGAUGAAGCUUGUUGAUGUCACCACAGCAUUCCAGGGAACACAGAUUGAGUUUAUCAAAGAUGCCCUUCUUAAACCACGUGGCUGCAUUCAGGCCAUCUGCGUCCCAGAAGGAACGAAACACCUGAAGGGCAAAGACUUGGAGUUCCUGAAACAAACUGCCAAGACGCAAUAUGGUCAGGAGGUGAGCGUGGCUCCAGUAAGGGCAGAUGGUUCACUGAAAUCCCCUCUCAGCCGGCUGCUUUCGGACACGGCCAAACAGCAGCUGCUCCAGAUGGCCCAGGCCAAUGCUGGAGACCUGAUCUUCAUCACAGCCGGACCCCGGGAGAACGUGUGCCCUCUGUUGGGGAAGCUGAGACUGCAGUGCGCUGAGCUGCUUGAGCGCUAUGGUGUGCCUGUCCGUGACCCAUCUGUCUUUCACUUCUUGUGGGUGGUGGACUUUCCCCUUUUCUUACCCAAAGAGGAUGAUCCAGAAAUGCUUGAGUCUGCCCACCAUCCUUUCAGCCCGGUCCCCGAGGAUGCCCAUCUGCUCUAUACGCAACCCCACAAGGUGCGUGGCCAGCAUUAUGACUUGGUACUGAAUGGCUGCGAGAUUGGAGGAGGUUCGAUUCGCAUCCACAAUGCCUCUCAGCAGCUGUACGUCCUGGACACAAUUCUCAAGGAGGACCCGUCGCUUCUUUCUCAUUUAUUGGAGGCUCUGGACUCCGGGGCCCCUCCUCAUGGUGGAAUUGCACUAGGACUAGAUCGACUAGUGUCCAUCAUUGUAGGAGCUCCCAGUAUCAGAGAUGUAAUAGCUUUUCCAAAAUCCUUCAGAGGUCACGACCUCAUGAGCCGCGCUCCAGACUUCGUCUCGGAAGAAGACCUCAAGCCGUACCAUAUUUCUGUAGUCUGGCCUGGCGCAGAUACAGAGAGUAAGCCGGACAGCUCAAUGUAAACUUUAGAAUCUGUGUUAAUAUGCGUAUGACGUUCCGUUUGCAUGCAAGACAGUCUGUGAUUUCCAUCGGCACCGUACGGUCGCCAUCUGUGUCCACGCCUUGUGAUGGACUUCAGAGCAGAAGCAGCAGGAUCACUUACCGUCCUGGGAGAAUUGAACUCCGUCUGAUGGCGACGUCUGCGUCUCCCACAUUAACAAACACGUUCUUCUGCCUGUUUCAACAGACCAGUUAUGUACCAUCUCAUCAUGCGCAUGAUCUGUAAUCAGUGUUUUUCAAUGGCAAAUUUUCAAUUACAUUAGUUUCAGUGAAAAACUGCGUUGGAUUGAGAGCGUAGCCGAUUAUUCCAUUAGGGGGCAGCGUUGUUCCACUGCAGCUGUUUACGUCGCUUUCCCACCCCCGCCCCACUCCUCACAUGCCCUGCGGUGAAGUCAGCAUGCACCAUAUCCUACUUUUUUUUUUUUUUUUUUUUUUUCCACCACCAGACAUACCAAAUAAAGCUACAUUUCAGUUUUUCUCAGCGAUGCCUUAUCUGCAAAAGCAGAUGCUCAUUUUUCAUGCCCAGGUACAGCUACUCAUUACAGCCAGUGUUGUUUUAAAGCAGACCUGCGAGUUGGCCGCCAAGCUGUGAACACAGUUUUUUGUAAGACAUGCUGUUUUUGCUGUUCUUCCAAUGACUUUUCCUUAAGUACCCACUCAUUGCUUAUUUACAUGACUGUGUCUACUAAGAAGUACCUGCCUACAUUUGGUAGAUGUUUCCACUAGUGCUUUAGGGACAAUUGCAGAACUGAACCAUGGCUGAUUGAUAUAGAGCUUUUCAUUAAUAGUUUAUAAAUAGUUUAUAAAAAGUCAAUUUUCUAAUUCUGGUUUGGGCUUUAGAAUGUUCUUAUGCAUCUUAAAAAAGGCAUAGUUCAUCUAAACAUGAAAUUAAAUUCCAGACUGCCAUUAUUUUCUUCAGGUGGAGCACAAAAUAACAUUUUCUCUUUUUGUCAAGAGAAUUGUACCCUCUUAUUUAUAUAUAUGCAAAAAACACUGAAAAUCCACAAUAAAGAUUUUUUUUCCAGUUUCA